AUGAGUUAGGGAGAAACAGCUUCCAAAGGCUAUAAACCUCCAUAAAAGAUAGUUGAUUUAGAGAAAUCUAUUAUCAAACCUAUUAAAAUUAGUGCUAAUGACGAAUAAUACGAAGAAAAGCAACCGGAGAAUCAUAAGAAAAUAAAAAUUAAUAAAAUUCAUGUGGAAGGUUAGAACAAGAUCUAAAAGUCCACCAUAGAAAAGAUCGCAUUCAUCGUUCCUUCACAUACCAAGCAAUCCUAUAGUUAUUCAAAUGGCAAAUCCAUCAUAAAUUUAUUAAAGAUGCAAGUAACUCAGUUCAGCAUAACUAAUAAAAAGCCUCCAAAACUAGGCUUUGCUUUUAAAGCAAGGAGUAUUUAUGUUGGGGAAUAACAAUAUGCCAGCACCUAAUUGUAAAAACUCAAUGCUCUGAUUGGAGGAAGUAGUACCGAUGCCUCUACUUAAAAUCUCAAUUUCAUUUCUAGCAAUUUUCUCUCGCCAAACAUCUAAGAUCACUCUCAAAAGCCUAAUCUGUUCAACGUCCCAUCUCAAAGAUCAAAAGUUUACCCUUACAAGCCUGUUAUAGUUUAAAAGCGAAGUUCAAACUUAUCAAGCUUUCACAAAGACAAUCUGAGAAGCUCUGGGCAGGGCUAAGUGGGACAUCAAUAAUAAAAUUCAGAUUCUGAACAAUUAAAGCUUGGAUUGAUAAGAGCAUAAACAUUUGUCUCACAUAUGACUUAAAGUUUAUAAACAAUUGAGGACAUAAUUGACCCAAAAGACUAGUAGUAAAUCAUUAAUUUUCGAAUAUAAGAGGAGAAGUAAGUGCAAUCUGAUUUUAUAAAUGCAUAAUCACCUUACAUGCAUCUUAAAAUAACUGAUUCGGAUAAUUAAUCUGAAAAUAGAGAUCAUCUAAGAAAAAGAGUUAUAUUCAGCAGCUUAGAUGAACUGGAUAGCUGUGUAAGUGAAAACAACUAUUUGAGGAGAAUUCAGUUCAAAGGAAAACUGUCAUAUUAAGACUGGUUGCUGCAUAUGCAGACCCAGGUCCAAUUAUCUAAGUAAAAGCAAAUUUGA